CAAGGAAGAUGGUUUGGAUUGGAAUGCUAACGAACAAGUUGAAAUAGUCAUUUGCGUAAACGUUUUCCCGCAUAAGCGUGUGAUCUGUUCACUCUCCUUGUUCACCGUCAAUUUUGGCAACCUUUGCUGGAGGUUCGUAAUCGUAAAUGAUCAGUGCUGCAGUGCAAGGUGAAGUGAUGCUGUCUCUUAAGGAGAAAGACAAGGGCAUCAUUCAGAAGAUGCUGGCGGCCGGCUGCUGCGCUCGCUGCGUGCUCAGAUUCUGCUGCAUCAGCGUCCAGGCUCCCUACAAGCAGCCCUGCCAGGACACACUCGGGCAGCUUCAAGCUUUUGUCAACAACACAGAAGGAAAAAGUACUGAAUCAGCAGUAACGGAGGAAAACAACAAUUCCCAAGAUGCUGCAGGGUCAGAAGAACCAACCAGUAAAAGAGCUAAAGUGGAAGUUGCGGAGGAGGCGGAUGUGUGCGUGCUGUGUUUGGGCGUCCUGCAGCACCUAUGUGACGUCACCCAGGCUAUCAAGAUUGCAGAUGCAGUGAAAAAGGAAGACUACGAGUUGGACACUUUGGUUCUGUCCAUCUCUCUGCCUGCUCAGCUGUGUGUGCGCGAGCACUCCUGUUGGCUUCAUGUGAAAGAACAAGUGAGAGCCAAGUGUGGCUUAUUGGCCAAGGAUGACGUCAUCCAGGUGAAGGAGGCCUUCAAGUGGGUCAUGCAGGACCUGCUUGGCAAGGAGCUGGGGGGUGUUGCUGUGGUAACUAAGAGUGCGUUGGAGGUCAGCGUGGGCUUCAGUCACUCAGAAACAGACACAGAUUGCCACUUCCUUGCGGCAACCUGUCCAGACUGCUUCAAACCCACCAAGAACAAGCAGUCUGUGUUCACCAGGAUGGCAGUGGUCAAAGCUCUGGAGAAGAUAGCAGACGGCAAAUUUCUUAAACACUCACCGUGUCCGCCAUCAAGGCCAAGGAGCAGCUGCACGCCACAGGACAUCCAGUGCGUUCACAUGUCCGUCUUCGUGGCGGGGCGGUACAACAAGUUUUGUCGCAGUCUGCCGCAGACACCCUGGCUCAUCGAUGGUGAGCGCAGGAUGGAGUCGUCGGUGGAGGAGCUGAUCGCUGCGCCCGUCCUCGCCGCCUUCAGAGCGGACGGAUUUAAUUUCUCCUCGUCGGGCAGGGAAGAUGUGGACGUGCGCACGCUGGGAAAUGGUCGUCCCUUUGCAGUGGAGCUGCUGAACCCUCACAGGAUCCGACUGAGCCCAGACCACAUGAAGAAAGUACAGCAGAGCAUCAAUGAGUCUUCUGACAAGAUCCGGGUGAGAGAUCUGCAGAUAGUCAGCAGAGACGCCAUGAGUCGGAUGAAGGAGGGCGAGGAGGAGAAGACAAAAUCAUACAGAGCGCUGGUGUGGACACACAAGUCAAUUCAGCCAGAUGACAUCAUCUUCAUGGAUGACAUCAAGGAUCUGUCACUGGACCAGAAGACCCCUCUAAGGGUCCUACACCGCCGCACACUGGCUGUCCGACAGCGAGUCAUCCACAGCAUGAGUGCUCGCUUCCUGGACGCGCACCACUUCCACCUGAGCCUGAAGACGCAGGCCGGCACAUACAUCAAGGAGUUUGUCCACGGAGACUUUGGACGCACUAAACCCAACCUGUGUCAGCUCCUCAAGACGGACACGGACAUCCUGGAGUUGGACGUGGAGUCUGUGGAUGUGGACUGGCCUCCUGCCCUGCCAGACUGAACGUAGACCCAGACCAGACCACAUAGUCCACAUGGGUCCAGCUGCCAGUUUUUUUUUGUUGUUGUUGUUGAAGAACUCCUCAGUUUCAUGCAAAAUAAAAUGUUUCUAUGGCAACAUAGAACACAAUAAAAAUAAAACAAAGAUUUCAAAUGUGAGUGUCACUCAUGUAAUGCUUCACUGAUAAAAUUAAUACAAGCGUGGUCACACCCUGUACUGGGGUCAGACAAUUUUUAAAAGGUUAAUGGUGGUGGUUUUAGGGACGGGGCUAGAUGAGUGGGGUGUG